UCUCCCUCCAGUCAGUGACCAACUCCUGCCUUAGCGAGGCUUCUGCUCGCCCCCCUCGGUUCCCUUCCAGCCUUCCUCCCGCCACCAGACCUAGCCCCGCGGUGGCAGGCUGAGGAAGAGCGAAGAAAGGAGGAUUAAAGAGAAGAAAGACCUCGCUGGGUCUGGGUGGUGUCUGCAGUGCCAGAAAGGGAGGUGGCGGCGGCGGCUGCGACCACGGCCGCGCGGGACGUGAGGCCCGAGAGCAGCCGACGGCGGCGGCCGCUCCAGAGCCUCGCGCCGGGGCCGUUAGUCAGCAGAACGCGAGCCCGUGUGCGGGAGCUGGGCCGGCGCGAGGCGAGACUCCAGAGCGCGAGCCGGCCCCCUCGGGCGCCGCCGUCCCUCCUCGUCCCGGCGCCGGGGGCUGCAGCCCUCGUCCCCCCCUCCUCGGCCGCGCCCGCCCGCAGGCCGGGAGAGUCCGGCGGUGGCGGCGGCAGCAGCGUGGGUCGCACCUUGUGGAGGACAGCGCGUCCGCACAGGCUCUCUGCCGGCCCUUUCUUCCCGACACCUUGGCCGCGGCCCCUCAGGUGCAGAAGAUGAAUAAUCUUUCAUUCAGUGAGUUAUGUUGCCUCUUCUGCUGUCCACCUUGCCCUGGGAAAAUUGCUUCAAAAUUAGCAUUUUUGCCACCUGAUCCAACAUAUACACUGAUGUGUGAUGAAAGUGGAAGCCGCUGGACUUUACACCUAUCAGAACGAGCAGACUGGCAGUACUCUUCUAGGGAAAAAGAUGCUAUUGAGUGUUUCAUGACUAGAACCAGUAAAGGCAACAGAAUUGCCUGCAUGUUUGUGCGCUGUUCACCCAAUGCCAAGUACACUUUACUCUUCUCACAUGGAAAUGCUGUUGAUCUUGGUCAGAUGAGCAGCUUUUACAUAGGACUGGGAUCACGGAUUAAUUGUAAUAUAUUCUCAUAUGAUUAUUCUGGAUAUGGCGCAAGUUCUGGGAAACCAACGGAGAAGAACCUCUAUGCAGAUAUAGAAGCUGCUUGGCUUGCUCUUAGGACAAGAUAUGGCAUUCGCCCUGAAAAUGUGAUUAUAUAUGGCCAAAGUAUAGGGACAGUACCAUCUGUGGAUCUUGCUGCUCGGUAUGAGAGUGCUGCUGUUAUUCUUCAUUCUCCUUUGACCUCGGGAAUGCGAGUCGCUUUUCCUGAUACCAAGAAGACCUACUGUUUUGAUGCAUUCCCAAACAUUGACAAAAUCUCUAAGAUAACCUCCCCAGUAUUAAUAAUUCAUGGGACUGAAGAUGAAGUCAUUGACUUUUCACAUGGCCUCGCAUUGUUCGAGCGUUGCCAAAGACCUGUGGAGCCUCUGUGGGUUGAAGGGGCAGGUCACAAUGAUGUGGAACUUUAUGGACAGUACCUCGAAAGGUUGAAACAGUUUGUGUCACAGGAACUGGUAAAUUUGUAAAAUAUUCUGUAAAUUUGCAUACUGGGUUUUCUUUCCUUGCUGAACUGCACUCUUUGGUAAAUAACAUAAAACCUGAAGGUUUUGUUUGCAAAUCAUGUCAGUUGCCUUCAUAAUUGUACAGGUAAUGAUUUGUUAACAGACUUAAUGAAGGUUUUAAUUACCAGAACUAGAAACUGGAAAUAACAGUAUCAUGCAGUCAAGCUGUGUAAUUUAUAUUUUUUCUGUGAAUUUUUUUUUAAACAUCAAAAUGAGUACUGUAUGAAAUUUUAAUUCUAUAAAAUCAAAUGCUGUAAAAGUAUUGCCAAAUGCUUUUGCAUAUCAGAAACAGAUUUAUAAAUAUUUUUAAAACAUCUCAAUGUACUAAAUCUUAUCCAGGUAUACAAAUGUAAUAUUCUUUCAAUAAAAAGCAAAACAAUUCAAGUACUCAUAAUAGAAUAAACUGUAUGAAAAUGUGCAAGUUCACUAGAGAUGACCUAAGCCCUGUUGUACAGGGAUAAAGGUUUAAACACUUAUUUUAUUGUAAAAUACAUUGAAUUUUCUGUAUUCUCUGGUUAUCAUACAUUUUCUCCUUAAAAAACAAAUGAUGUAAGUCUUAAUUUUUAUGCCAUCUAUUAAUUUACCAACUAGUUACCUUGUAAAUGAGAAGUCAUGAUAGCACUGAAUUUUAACUAGUUCUGAUUUAUAGGGUUGGUACUAUGAGGCAACUACUUAAAAUUCUCAUUUUUGUUUUUUAAAAGGCAUUUAGAGCUUCAAGAAUGAUUUUGUAUGCAAUGUUGUUUUAAAUUUUGACUAAUCUCAUAGAAUUGCUGUACUCUCUGUUAUAAGAAAACCUGAGAGUCCGUUCGUUAGAUGUUCUUCAAGACCACAAACAGGCUGGCUAUUUGGUCAUUUUUCACUUUGGCUAUUUUUAAUAGGACCUGUUGUUUUAGAUUACUAUCUGAGAAUUUCAUGGAUUCACUCCUGAUACAGGAGAUAAGAGAACAUUUAAUUCAUAACUUUUAUAUUAACCAAUGUAGUAAAAAACAAAGCUCACACACAAAAACUAAGUUGCCUUUCCUUGAAUGAAUCCUGCCUGAAUAAAACAAUGAAAGAAAAAUAAAAAUAAAAUUAAUGGUAUGUAGUCUAAUUUGUAAAUGAAUGAAUAUUGAAAUAAUACACACUGUGGAUAUAUUUUAAGGCCUUAUGUAGUUUUAAUUGUUCUGCUUGUUCUGUGGUUAUGUCUAAGACUAUAGUAUAUGAUUCUCUUCAAAGUAUAUCAAGUAUUGUGAAUGCUUUGGUUCAGAUGUGUCAAAUUAACAGUAAAACAACAAAUAUAAUACCA